CCGCGUCAGUCACGCACGUGUGGGACCGACGCGACAGCCAAUGAAUCUCCGUUUACUCCGGAUUUGACUUUCCUUUCUCGUCGGUUGAUUUAGUAGUCGCGUUGCUCUCGCAGCGUUAAGUAGUUCCAAAAAUUUCAGUUGACAUUUUUUUUUUAUACAUGUCCCAUACAUUUUUCGAGAAACUUCUCUUCUCACAGCCGUGUCCGAGAGAAUUAUUAUAAAGAUCGCAAAGGCAAAAGAUACGACGUGACCAAAGUUAAACAACUAUAGUUGUUUGAUCAACAAAUUGAUUGAUUAAUUAAUUCACGAAAAGUCCUGAAGUAUGCGAAUGACAACACUGAAUCUAUCAACAGAGCUAAAUCUCUGCUAAUAAAUAUUCCAGAUUUAUUGUCCUAGGGGGAAUAUAUUAACUCGUCUUGGCUUUAUUAGAUACACACAUAUAUAAUUAGACUCAAUGGAGAAAGAUAAAGAAAAAACUGAGGAAAAAACUGUCAAGGAGAAGCAAGACCAAAAUGAGACAGAGCUUAGAAUUACAGACAUACAUUUAAUGAUUAGACGAAAAAAAACGACAUUAUAUCUCGACAUGUUGGAGACUGACACUGUUUUCGAACUUAAGAAAAGGAUCGAAGCCAUAUUCAAAGUGCAGCCAGUGGAUCAACAGCUAUUUAUCAUGUCUCUAAACGAUAAGGAGUUUGACAAGCCCGUGGAAUUAUCCAACCCUGUUAAAGCUUUGUCCGAGUACGACCCAACUUCACCGCUGGCAAUGAUAACGAGUCCUGCAAUAAUCGGCUUAGCUGUGCGACAAGAGGAUGGUUCGCUGUUUGAAAGUCUCGAAAUAACAAAAUAUUCGGACAUUCCAUGGUCAGUAGUAUCAGAUCUUUUGAAUGAGAAAUUCGUUGAAGACUACAAAUUCGCUGAAAACUACAAGAAAGUCUUGAAAGAUCUCAAAAGAACUAGGAUCCCUAAAACUGAAAUGAUAAACUGAAAUGAUAUAUCACACCAAAAUUAAUCGACAAAUUUUGUGUUCUGUUGCAAUAUAGUGUUCGAAUAGUCAGAAUAGUGGAGCAAAGCAAGAAAAAUGUAUUGAAAUGUACACAGCUGCGUUAAGCAGAGAAAGCAGCUUUGCAACUGCUGUAAGAUUCUUCAACACGAUUGGUUCUUGCCCUGAGUUCUUCAUGGAUCUAAAUGCCUUCCCCCCUCCCCAUGCUAUUGUAAAAACCAAUCGUAAAGAAUUUUACAACAGAUGCAUAGCCGUUUUUUUCUGCUGAACGCAGCACCCAGUACAUACUACAUUUCUCAUUACAGUGCAAGCGAUACUUAUAUAACAAUACCCAAUAAAGUUAAUGGCACUUGAAAAAUGUAAGCAGUAAACGAAUCAAUCAAUCAUAGUCGAGACCGUAACGUAAUAACAUAAGUAAAUAAAAAGUAUUGAUUUUCUUGCCGCUUACAUUUUUGUAUGUGCCAGUACAAAUUGUGUUCAUAUAGGUUAUGUAUAUAAAUUUAAUGCAGGUAAUGCAGAAUCGCAAAACUUUACAGUAUUGAAUUGAUUAGGAAUAUCUAUACAUAUUGAAAUUUUUUAACUAAAUUCUCGUUGCCUUAAUCAUACGUAGAAAAGAACAAUUAUUUUACUUAUUAAAUAACGACAGAAAUGUAUAUAAUAGCAUGGCAUUUUUCGUAAUGCGAUUAAUACACAAUAUAUUUUUAUAUUUGCAA